UACACCGUGCCCUGCUUUUCGAAACAUCUCUACAACCAGCAGUGAGCUGAUUUAAUUUGUGCCACGGAACAGUCGUGUGAUGAGCUCAGAUGAACGCUCUCUGGACUAAUUGUCUACAGAAAGCACUUUUCCACCCACUGCUGCAGACACUGGCGCUUCAUCCUCUGCUCUAUCCUCUGCUCUACAGCAGCAGUCGAUGUGAACCUGCUUAUACAGCUGGCGUCUGGUAUGUGUCGAGGAAUGGCGCUGUCCUUUCUUCUAUUCUUCUCUGCCACGUUGCUCUUACUUAGAGUGUCUGCCUAUAAUACAUCUGCCGGUUGUGCUAUUAUCCGUCCUCCCAAAGAUGGAGGGAUACGGUACAGAGGGCUGACACAAGAGCAGAUCCGCAGUGUGCAGGUGCUCCCGGUAGACUAUGAGAUAGAGUACAUCUGCAGGGGCAACAGGGUGACUGUGGGACCAAAUGUCAGGAAGUGUUUGCCCAACGGCACUUGGACCGAUCUGAGCCACCGCAGCAGAUGCUUGUUGUUGUGUCCUCGGGUGUGGACAUCAUUGGAAAAUGGUCGGGUGUCCUCUUGGCCCCUGGGGCCCCCGGUGGAGGGCACAGUGCUACAUUACAGCUGUCUGCCUGCCUUCAUCCUCAUGGGCCGGAACUCAACACAAUGCAAUAAGAUGGGCAAGUGGGACACGCCUAAACCUGUGUGUCACUAUGAUCGGCACUACAAAGGCAAGAAGAAGCUCUUCAUCGGAGCCCUCUUCCCCAUGAGUGGAGGCUGGCCUGGCGGACAAGCCUGCCUCCCCUCCGCUCAGAUGGCUUUGGACCUGGUGAAUAACAGGACCGACAUACUGCCGGACUACGAGCUGGAGCUGAUACACUAUGACAGUAUGUGCGAUCCAGGUGAGGCAACCAAGCUGCUGUAUGACCUUCUGUACACGGAGCCUAUUAAAAUCCUGCUGAUGCCAGGUUGCAGCUCUGUGUCUACGCUGGUGGCCGAGGCUGCUCGCAUGUGGAACCUCAUAGUGUUGUCGUAUGGCUCCAGCUCUCCGGCUCUGUCCAACCGCCAGCGUUUUCCCACCUUCUUCCGCACACAUCCGUCUGCCACGCUGCACAACCCCACUCGAGUGCAGCUCUUCCAGAAGUGGAAAUGGACCAAGAUUGCCACCAUUCAGCAAACAACAGAAGUUUUUACAUCAACUCUCGAUGAUCUGGAGGAGAGGGUGAAGGAGGCUGGGAUUGAAAUCAGCGUUCGGCAGAGCUUCCUCACUGAUCCUGCUGUGGCUGUCAAAAACCUCAAGCGCCAAGAUGCCAGAAUUAUUGUUGGCCUGUUCUAUGAGACAGAGGCCCGGAAAGUCUUCUGUGAGGUGUACAAGGAGAAGCUGUAUGGGAAGAAGUAUGUGUGGUUCCUCAUCGGCUGGUACGCAGACAACUGGUUUAAGAUCAAGGACCCUUCCAUUAACUGCACUGUGGAGCAGAUGACAGAGGCUGUGGAGGGUCAUGUGACCACUGAGAUUGUCAUGCUCAACCCAGAGACGGUGCGAGGAGCCUCCAACCUGACCUCUCAGGAGUUUAUAGACAAGCUGAUGUCUAAACUCGGGGGUAAAAAUCCAGAGGAGACAGGAGGUUUCCAGGAGGCCCCCUUGGCCUACGACGCUGUGUGGGCUCUAGCUCUGGCACUCAACAAGACUGUAGGACCCCUAAAGGCAAAGGGUCACCGGCUAGAAGAUUUCAACUACAACAACCGAGAUAUCACAGCUGAGAUCUACCGAGCACUUAACACCAGCUCCUUCGAAGGAGUUUCAGGUCAUGUUGUAUUUGAUGCUCAAGGGUCUCGAAUGGCCUGGACUCUUAUUGAACAGCUUCAAGGAGGGAGCUAUAAGAAGAUUGGAUACUACGACAGCACUAAAGGCAAUCUGUCGUGGUAUGGGAAUGACAAGUGGAUAGGCUCAGGACCCCCUGCAGACCAGACGGUGGUCAUCGAGGAGUUUCGCUACCUGUCCCAGAAGAUCUUUGUGUCUGUGUCUGUCUUUGCUGGGUUGGGAAUCCUGCUGGGAAUCGUCUGCCUCACCUUCAACAUCUACAACAGCAAUGUCAAGUACAUUCAGAACUCUCAGCCCUACCUUAACAACAUGACUGCAGUGGGCUGCAUGAUGGCUCUGGCUGCUGUCUUCCCUCUGGGCAUCGAUGGUCUUCAUGUCCACAGGCGUCAGUUCCCCGUCGUCUGCCAGUUUCGCCUUUGGCUGCUUGGUCUGGGUUUCAGCCUCGCUUACGGCAGCAUGUUCACCAAGAUCUGGUGGGUCCACACCGUCUUCACCAAGAAGGAUGAGAAGAAGGACAAGAGGAAGCAGCACCUGGAGCCAUGGAAACUCUAUGCUACUGUUGGUGUUCUGCUCGGCAUUGAUAUCCUGUUGCUCAUGAUCUGGCAGAUUGUGGACCCUUUACAUAUCACAGUGGAGAAAUUCACCAGAGAAGCCCCCAAAGGAGACCUGGAUGUUUUGAUCCAGCCUUUACUGGAGCACUGCAGCUCAGAGAAGAUGAACACCUGGCUGGGUGUGGUGUAUGGUUAUAAAGGGUUACUGCUGCUGCUCGGCAUCUUCCUGGCCUAUGAGACCAAGUCCAUCUCUACAGAGAAGAUCAAUGACCACCGAGCCGUGGGCAUGGCCAUCUAUAAUGUUGCCGUGCUGUGUAUGAUAACAGCUCCAGUCACCAUGAUCCUGUCCUCUCAGCAGGACGCCUCCUUCGCCUUCGCCUCCUUGGCCAUAGUGUUCUCGGUCUACAUCACCCUGGUGGUUCUGUUUGUCCCCAAGAUGCGGCGUCUGAUCACACGGGGUGAGUGGCAGUCAGACGCCCAUGAGACCAUGAAGACCGGCUCGUCCACCAACAACAAUGACGAGGAGAAGUCCAGACAGCUGGAGAGAGAGAACAAGGAGCUCCAGAAGAUCAUCCAGGAGAAAGAAGAGCGUGUGUCUGAGCUAAGAAACCAGCUGUCUGAGCGACAGGCCCUGCGAUCCAGGAGAAGAGCGUCAACUGUUACCAAUCACAACCACAGCUCUCCAUCCCUUGCCAUUGCCCAGAGCAACCCCAGGUCCCUGGCCCCUCCUCCGGGGUACCCCACCCCCACCCCCAUCUCCGACCUCCACCCCCUUCCUCCGUCCUUCGGCAACUCGUCCACCCUCUACCAGCCAGACAGCAAAAUCAGCCAAAAUAACUGCCACACCAGCCAUCUGCAGCUGCUGUACAAGUGAGGGACUGGUGGACAUUGGAGGGAUGAGGACAGUAAUGACAUUCAUAGCUACUUAGAGUCGGAGAAAAUGGUGUACGAACCAAGUUUGAAAAAUUAAUCCGUAUCUGUUUUAGGGGCUGACUCCAAAACGUAUUCACCCAUCAGCUGAGGCCGGAGGAUAAUCAGGUUUCGAGAUGUUCAAUAUGUAAUUUUAUUUUCGUUUAGAAAAAAAAAGAUGAACAUACUAUCUUGUAACUAUUCUGCCAGUGUUUUAUCAUGUUCCAUCUAGAGUUUGAGGAACCACAUUGACUGCUUAGCCCUGGACCCCUGAGCUACAGUUGCUAACCUGUCAAACCUUCCAUUGUAACACUGAUUAUGAUGGUGGCAGAUUUGCCAUCGGAAUUAGCAUUUUUACCUUGUUUUUAGUCUAAAGAAUACAAAAGCAUCUUCGCAUUUUUGGCAACUGUUGAUUAUGUCGGCUGAAAUCACAACUAUCACUGGAUUUACCUUAUUUAGAAGAUUUACUUGCUUCUUAGAUUCAUCAGUUGGUUGAAAACUCCAUCUGACUUAUUUUAAAAUACAACCCUUUAGUAUUCACAUGAUGGCUACAUGUGAGGUAUAUUAGUUCAAUCAAUAUUAGUCUAAGUGUAUGCUAUAUUUAGAAUAGUUUUACUGCUUUGCCUUACCACGAGACAACCUUUUCCAAUGGGGAACUGCCCGUUAUAUCCAUCUAUGCUGUCGCCAAAGCCAUAAAAACAAAUGUGUUUUUGUCAAUGGAGUCUGGUGGCUCAGAUAACAGCUUCAGUUCAGAAAGGGCUGUCUGACAGCAAGGUAUAGUAGGGUCAAAAUUCUGAAUAUAGAGCACUCUUAAACUAAUAUACAUUUUUUUAUAGGUGGCUGACAUAUGUUUUUCUUCUGACACCGUCCACAUCAGCACAUUGCUUUGGUCUUGUGCUCAUGUCUGUUUUAUCCAAACUGGGGGCGUUUGUAGUAGCAUAAUGUCAUGUAUAUGUAGCCUUCAAGUGGACCCCUUCGAAAAUGGCUCUCAUUUUAAAAUAAGAUAGAAAACAAUUACAAGUGUUAAUAGCAAGCGCCGUUUUUAUUUCAGCUGACAAAAUAGACAGUCUCUGACUAGAAAGGAGAAGACUGCUUUAGUUCAUUUGUGUGAAAUUAAAGUCCCAUUGUUAAAAAUAAUUUAGAUGGUAAUGCUGCUAACGUUAUCAUUGAAAGCUCGACAGACAUAGCAACAGUAGCUAGAAGGGUCGAAGCAUUGUUCAUAUCUGUACCUUACAAUAUUGGCUCCUAAUGUGUUUAGAUAGUGCUGUGUACUGUAUUAAGAGAUUGUAAAAAAAAAAAAAAGGACAGACUCCAUGGUGAAACUUAAUUUGUGACAGUGGUUGUAUCCAAAACAUAAUCAUUUUUGUCAUUUUAGCUCUUCUUGUUAAAAGUUUGUUGGUGGUUUCCCAUUGUUAUUAGUCUCUGUUCAAAGAGAUUGCUUGUCAUUGUACAUACUUGUGUGUUCAUGCCAAACCUCAUGGUGGAUGAACUCUUAAAAGAAAAGUAAGCUGAGGACACUGCUGUCAUCUGUCAGGUAUGCACUGUAUAAAGUGUUGGGAAUACCACAUAGAGAGCUGGAGGAGCAUUACACGAGGCUUAAAGCAUCAAUUCAAACACUUACAUGUGUCCAAUGUUAGGCAGCAGCUGUGUCUGGGUGUUCAACGUUUCUAUGGACAAAGUUUGUCGAAAUGAAAUACAAUAUUUCACCUGUCGACUGACGAGGCUUAAAGACGUCUUGUGGUUAAGUAAUAUUUGAGCUUUUUGAAGUUGUUCUCCAGGAGGUUUUGACAUUAGAAUAUUUUUGCUCUGUAUAUAUAUUUGUCAAACAUAUGAGUUGAACAGAAGGUACACAGUGCAUUUUAAAUUAUUUUAGCUCAGUCUGUGACGGUACUUUUAGGUACGGAGGUAAAACAAAGCAGCACCUUUUGAACCAUCAAAACCAUUCUGACUAUUAUCUUGGCCACCAAAUAGCCACCUCAUUGUUGUCUUUAUUUAGCAAGAGAUCAUUCUGGCAGUCUGGUCAUUUAUUUGUUCAAUGCACUGACAACAUGAGUGUAGGAGACCAGUCAGUCAGUGAAAGAGAGAUGUGGUUUUAAGAAUCCUCAGCAUGAAUAUCGGGCUAAAAGGAACAUGUUUACAGUUAGAAUGGGGACAUGAGUUGAUCCGUGUAGUACUUCCUAGGUCAUGCUGACACACUUGGCAGUAAGAUUGCCAAUGGCCAAUCUCUAAUACUGCUUGUGCUAAUCAUUUCAUGUCCGACUUGCUCUUUUGCAAAAAGCGUUAGAUUAAAUUGCCCAGGGUACGUUAGUGAGAGGCCGUCAUAUUGCCUCCUUUUACAAGUUCAGUUUGUUCCAGAUUACUCAUUUCCUCCACAGUUAUAAACAAACACAGAGUUUCUGGUUAUUCUUUAAAACAAAACCCACAGGCUGGAACUAGAUUUCCCCUCAACAUGCCGCUGCAGCAUUUCACUUCUUGUUGUGUUCACUCUUCUGCUUUUUUGGUUUCACUUCCAAAUACAGCUUUUUGUGGGGAUUUUGUGGACAAACAGAAAGACUCCCUAAUACAGUUUCAACAAAUAACUUUUCUUGCCAGAAAGUGAAAUUACAGCACAUGUUUGACUUCUGUAUACCUAAUAAUGACUUGGAGGUAUAACAGAAAUAACAGCAUGGCACUUUUGGUUUCUAAGUGUGUGUCUCUCAGCUUUAUGUUGCUGUGGCGAAACAUGGGGGCUUUUAUUGUGUGACCAAUGUCUUUAUUAAAACGACGCCUUUUGCUAAAACAACAUGAAUUUGUUUGGCUGCACUGUAAACAGAUAGAUCAGCUGCUCGUCUGUUGGAUUUCAAAGUCCAAAAUUACAAAUGACAAAGUAGCUGCUCAACAAGUGUUUGCAGUAUUUAUCCAAACUUGUUGUUACCACAGUAAUCACAGGUGUCCCUAAAGCAACCAGGACUAAACUCUUAAGGAUUACAACUAGUAAUGGUAAUAGUACCUCUAAACUAAACGACAAAAUGUAUUGUUUGUUUAUGCCUUCAAAAUGUAUGAAAGCAUUUUCUGAUAAGUCACCUCUGGUUAAGGUUUGCUUGCCUCAAAACCUUUUAGCUAGGGUUUUGUUAACAAUGGUGGUCAUAGUUUAAAGAAACUAACAAUAUCCAUUCAUUCAGGAAACAGCAGACUUUCAUGUCUAAGUCGCACGACCUUACUAGCGUUUACUGUAUUGGUAGCACUGGAUUAAUUGCAAGUGCCAUGUAAUGUUGGCCCUCUGCCUCUCCUUGUAACAGUUCUUUAUUUUACUGAGGGUCUAGUUUUGGAUUAUAAUGUUGUUUCUUUGUGUGCAAUACUUGCUCGUAAGCACCUUUUUCACAGUCUUAAACUUCUGACAAAUAUAUUGUGCGAUCUCUACCUGAGGUAUAGAGUUUGUCUUGACUUCCACUUUAGUUUCAUGUUCUCUCUGUGGUAGCAUAGCUUGCUUUAGAGCGUGGGUUGUCGUAAGCACUUCUGAAUUGACUAAUAACUACAGUGUUAGACGCAGAUGUAUGAACCUUGUGCAGUGCUCCUGCUACAUUCUUCUCAAAGCGACCAUGUGUAAAUAUUUACUGUAUGUUAGACUGUAAUGAUGUAUUUUUACUGUCUGUAAAGCAGUGAAGAUGUAAGUGAUGUUGAUAUGCACAUGACAAUAUGCACACUGACUGUAAAUAACGAUCAUGUAAAUAAUGAUGACAUUGGACUUUGCAUAUACAAACUUUAUUUCAUGUGGUACAGUACUCAAAAUAUAUUUCUAUAUGCUAUAAUAUCUGAUAUCAGAGAUUAUUUGAAAUGCAAGAAUGAAAAUAAAACUAGUUGUUUUUCCCAAAACUGUAGAUGAUGUUUUAGCCAGGUCAGCAGCGUGGUCAGUCGGUAUUCCACAGUGGUCCAGACUGAAAUAACUCAACUACUACCAUGAAUGUGGUACAGACAUCUGUGUCCUUGGAGGACCAGUCCACUUUUCAUCUAGCGCCACCAGCAUCACAUGAUUGAUGAUUCCUUACUUACAUGAUGUAUUACUGAUGAAGCUGGUGAUAGAAAGGCCUAAGUAGGAGAUCUUCAUCAGAAGCAACAGUGUAUGAUCAAAUGUGCAUAUUUUAAGUUGAAGUUUCUGAAGCGCUGAAAGUCAUGUGAAGAGAUUACACAAACUGGACAACUCAGAGCUGACCAAACACUACGAGAACGUGCAACCCAAAAGGGAGUGGAAAAGAUUCUCGCUUUUAAAAAACAGAGACAUACUUGUCUGGAUGAAGAGGGCGUUCUAGUUGAUCUGGUAUGGAGAUAUGAACACUAUCUUUUACAUCAGAUGGAUGAAGUCAAAGUCAUCAUCUGUCGAAUGAUUGAUCUGAUAUGUGAUGAAAUCUUAUCUAUUAAAUUAUUAAAUUGGU